AAAUAGCGGUCUUCUUGUGGAAACCGGAAGCUGGAAAACCAAAAAAUUUAGAAAAUAUAAUAACAAAUUGGUACAGAACGUUUACAAAUAAAAUGUUAUCUUUAACUAAAACAGACAAAUAAAUAAAUAAAAUACUUAUAUACGUCAAUGACCUUUCUUGAAUUAUGUACAGUUAAAGCCUUUCAAUAAACAAUAAACAUUGAUACUAAAGAUAAGUAAGUUAUUAAUUUCUAUUAAUUUCAUCAUAAUUAAUUUUAAAUUCAAAUUGCUAACUAUAGGUACUGUAACGUAUCGCUCGCUACAGUACGUACUGAUUAGUAAUUAUUUAAAAUGCUACAAUGUACAAUGUUUGUAUCAUAAUAUUUAUGUGAAAGUGAAGACAAAAUACAACCACGACGCUGUGACAAUGAUUGCUAUUCAUUGUAUCAUCAUUCAUCACAUCAAUUAAUAAUGACUAUAAUUGUCAUCAGUUGUGUUUGAUUAUAAAUGUCUGUAUCAAAAUACUUUAGUCAACAAAACAAACCUGAAACUGAUGAUUUAGCUGAUUGUUUUAUAAACUUAGAAAAUGAUCUUGUAUCUCAGUUAAACAAUCUGAAUUAUGGACCAAACGUUGUUUAUAUUUAUAAUCCAUUAGAUUAUGCAUUCAAUUUACACAAGAUAUUUUUAAAAAAGUUUUUAAAUGCAAACAAAAAAGUAUUAUUCUUAGGCAUGAACCCAGGACCCUGGGGAAUGUGUCAAACCGGUAUACCAUUUGGUGAAGUUAAUAUUGUGAGAAGUUAUUUAAGAAUAGUUGGAGAGGUUUUAACCCCCACAAGUUAUCAUCCUCAAAGACCAGUUACUGGUCUUGACUGUCAUAGAAGUGAAGUCAGUGGUAAAAGAUUAUGGGAUCUUUUUAUUGAACUCAGUGACGGUGAUCCAUAUAAGUUUUUCAAAGAUUGCUUUAUUCAUAAUUAUUUUCCUUUGGCAUUAAUGAAUGAAAAUGCUAAAAAUAUCACACCAAGCGAUUUAAAGAGUGAAUACCAAAAAAAGUUACAAGAAAUCUGUGACAAAUCGUUGAGUGAUAUAGUUACUUUACUUCAUAUUGACACCAUUGUUGCUAUUGGAAAAUAUGCUGAAAAAAGGUCUAAUGAAGUAGUCAAGAAUUUUAAACUAAACAAUAUUAAGGUUGUACGAAUUCCUCAUCCCAGUCCCCGCAGUGUUGGCACAGCAGAAAAAUGGAAAAAUGAGACAUUAGUUCUACUCAAAUCAAACAAUAUUCUCCAGUUGUUCAAAUAAAAAUGGAUUGGAGUGAUCAUAUGAAGAUAUCAUUAUGUUUAGCUAAAGAAGCAUUAGAAGUAGGGGAAGUUCCUGUUGGCUGUAUUUUUGUUGAUAAUGACGGUAAUAUUUUAGCUUCUGGUCGUAAUACUGUAAAUGAAACAAAAAAUG